GUAGAAUUUAAGCCGAAAUUGUGACGAUAUGAAUCUCUUCGAUAGUAUGGUGUGAUGAGUACAAAAGACAACCAAGAAUUUCAAAAUGCAUUACAGGAAAUCGUCAUCUAUGCACCGCUCCUUCCAAAUCCCUAUGACCGCGUGCGAUGCGUGGAAUGGGUGCGCAGACUCUGGGGAGUGGCAGACGACAAUCUAGAAAGUAGUAAACAGCGCAACCUGUACAUGCAAUUCCUUCGCAUCCAAGUGCGCAAUAAUUUUCUGCACAGCGUCUUCCUGCUACCGCCGCCCCCUGAAAAUGACAAGCUAUCUCCGUUGCCCGAGGCCCUGGGCGCGUGUUUGCACCGGGCGAUGCCAUCACUGCCACGCACGGGGCCGAUUGCUCCGAUGAUGAAGCAUAGUUCUCCGGACGGCCGCGCGUUUAUCUCCGCGCAGCAAAUAUCCGGUGGUGGUGUAUUGUGCUAUCUGGCCGUCAGCCCCAACGGAUUUGAUAACUGAUCAGCAGUCGCAUGAUAUAAAUUUUAUGUUGUAACAAUAAAUAUGUUAGAAAAUA